GUAGCUCUCCCGUGGCGCCCCUUUUACCUCCAGCGCAGGAUCCUGGCCUGCUUCGCCGUUGUCUUUGCCGGGCUCGCCGUGACAAUCGAGGCACUGUACAACCACUCGGCCAAGAACUCGGGCCUUGGAACCGCAGACCCAGCAAGCCGCUAUCUUUGGAGAUUUGCGCCGACGACUCUUCUGACAGUCAUAGUCGCGCUUUGGAGCCGCGCCGAGUACCAGACCAAACAUGCCGCGCCGUGGAUCCGUCUCUCCAAGGGCCCGGCCGACGUGGAGAGGACACUGCUGCUCGACUAUAUCGCCAUGUACCAGCCGUGGGCCAUGAUCCAGGCCCUCAAAAACCGAGAUUACGUGGUGGCUUGCACCACAGGCGUAGCGCUGAUUCUGAAGAUGCUAGUCAUCAUCUCGACUGGCCUUAUCACGCUCACCCUGGUGGACAUGCCCAACCAGAGCAUACCCGCCACGCUGGAGACGGCGUUUGUCAACAACGCGACGGUCUUGGCCGACGCAGGUCCUCUGGCGCUUUUCGCCAUGGUCGGCAUACAAGAAGACGGCGUUGCCUAUCCUGACGGCGCCUCGACCAAUUUCGCCUACCAGUGCUUCUCCUCCGACGUUCCCCUGGGGACAACAAUAGAGGCUACCGUGGACGGCUUCUCUGCAGGGCUCGACUGCGAUGUCGCGCAGCUGAGUCUCGCGGGCGUCCAGAACAUCCAGGGCACCCAGCAGUUCAACACGUCCUUUUCUGCUGCGGGAUGCACCGUUGCAAUGCCAAUCUCGAGUGAAAACUUUGUCGCCCCUCAAGGGUCUGGCAGGAACCAGACAAUGUAUUUCGCCCGGUUUGGCCGGGGAAGCUGCGGGGGUUCCGCCAGCGCGAGCGACCAGCGCAUCGUCAUCGUGUUCGGGACGCAAACCAUCGAUGCACGGUCACUGCCGGCAGACCCGUCGACAGCAACAGGUCCCAUUAGCGGUAGCAUCCCCCAGUCCAUGCACCUUCUCUGCAAGCCCACGUAUGCGCUCGGCCGGGUGGAUGUGACCAAGACCGACGACACGGUUCUCCGUGUUGCGCCGGCAGCUGCGCGGCAGGACAGGGUGCUGAGCAACGUGCAGCCCUGGGAUCUUGCCGAAACAUUCUUCUCUUCGUACAAGACGGACCUGGCUGCCGAAUAUGCCGACACUACGCCGUGGUUUUACCAGCCUCGGGUGGUUAACGUCGAUGCCGCCAUGUUCUUUGCCAUGGAUCUCCAGUUUAGGACGGCCGGGUCUCCCGCUGCACCCGCGUCUCUCCUAGACCCCACGACGCUCACGGGGCUCGCGAGCAGCUACUUCCAGCAAUAUGCCGUGCUGCUGGCAUCCAAGUCGCUGGCGCAGAGCAACACCUCGGCAAUUACCGCCACUGCCUCGCUCACGACCGAGAGGCUUAUUCUCGGCUCUCUUGUGACGCAGAUAAUUGUUUCUAUGCUCGGUGUAUGCGCCAUUUUGACCGUUAUCGCACUCUUCCUUGUGCCGAGAAGUGGAUUUCUGCCUCGAGAUCCAGGCACCGUCAUGGACAUGGCCGUCCUGCUCGCCAACAGCCGCGAUCUGAUUCAGGCACUACGAGGGGUCGGAGGAGCGGACAUGGCGACAGUCCGGGACAGGUUGGCGGGCUCCAAGUACGCCACCGGCGUCGAGCCGUACGAGCACGCUGCUUCCAACGGAUCCGGCUACUUCAAGAUCCUCGGAGGCCACAGCUCGUCGGACCUAACGCCAACCUACGUCAAGUCGACAGAAAAGUUUCCCUACCCGGCUCUCCUGCAUCCGGUGCAGCGUUUGACUGCCUUGUUCGUAACGGUUGGGCUCAUUGUGGCCCUCGACCUCAUGUUGCAGACGUCUGCAAAGAACGGAGGCCUUGGCGACGCCGACAACAAUGACGCAUACCUCUACCUGCUUUGGAGCGUCAUCCCGUCGCUGAUUCUGGGUCUUGUGGCCGCGUACUUUGUUGCCGUCGACCUCACGCAUCGGGUGCUCGCCCCGUAUAUGACUCUCAGACAGGGGGGCGCCUCGUUUGAGCAGUCCAUCAGCUUGAACCUUGCCGACAGCGCUUCCCCGAUCGUAUUAUACCGAUCGUUCAAGUUGCGCAACAUUUCCGUGGGAGGGGCGAGUGUGGCGGCGUUCAUGGCCUCCCUGUUUGCCAUCUUCACCGCGUCCCUGUUCUCGGCGGCCACGGUGCCCGUCACCGCCCCCUAUACUCUGCUGAGCCAGGACUUUUUCUCGCAAACGAACGGGAUACCCGACGCCAGUUUCUGCACCACAUGCCAGAAUGGCACCAUUCUAGCGUCGCUCGUGCUGAACGGCAACAUAUCGUACCCCGACUUUACCUUUGAAGACAUGACCUUCCCCACUCUCGCUCUCAUGGACGACGACGGUGACCUGCCUGACGACGUCAUUGUAACCGCCACGGUCCCAGUGGUGCGCCCCAUCAUGGCGUGCAAGAUGUUCUCGCCGUCCCAGAUCACGGCCGCCAUUGCCACCUCGACCACCACCGCAGCCGGAAUCGUCAACCCCCUGCGGAUAACCCUCGCGGGCGAGGCGGCGGACAGUGCAACGGUCAUCAGCACGGCGCGGCGUCUCGAUAGCUUCGGAAACGCAACCAACGCGUCCCUGGACCCAAACGCAUUCUUUGGGGCAGGGUCGUACAAGCCCAUCGCGACAGCAAACGGCGCCGUGGCGCACUGGACCUGGGUCUGGGGCCAGCUCGCAGCCGCCGGCACGAACCAGGCCUUGGUCAAGUUUGUGUCGGCGCUCGCGUGCAACGAGACCAUGGAGCAGGUCAACGUGGUGACGCGCUACGUCGGCGCCGGGCUCGACAUCGACCGCACCAACCCGCCCGAGCCUGACGACGCGACCAUAACACCGGUGUUUGUGGGCAUCGACGGAAAUCUCAACUACAGCGACCUGGUCACGCUGGAGCAGACUCCCCGCCACCUGUUAGACCCCUUCUUCGCCUCGCUCGUGUCGUCGCAGUUUGCCAUCCCCGCGCCGGCCCUCGGCAGCGCCGACGCCACCACUCUGCAAGCCGUCGCCGAUGCCAUCACAUGGCAGCACAAGCUCAUCCGCGCCCAAGUGGUCAGCGCGUGGAACCGGCGGCCCACGGUCUCGAGAAACACGACGGACCAGGCACUCGUGUUUCCCAAGGACACGGCCGGGGCCGUCAUGGGCAACGCGACAGCGCACGUGUUCCAGGCGCUGCUGACGGUGACGAGCCUCGACAGCGGGGCGCAGCGGCGCGUCGUGCAGGACAUGGUGUCGACGCGCAUCCUGCAGGCGCUGCUGGCGGCGGCGCUCGUGUUCGGUGCGGCCUCGUGGCUCGCGCUGCCCAAGGCCAACGACGUGCUGCCGCGCGACCCCAGCAGCAUCGCCAGCGUGGCUGCGCUGCUCGCCGACGGCAACAUUUUUGGGUUGCUCGGCCGCGGCGCCGAGUGGCUGCCGCCCGCCGACCUGCUGGCCUUCUUCCGCGACGGCCUCCACGUCACCAUGCGCUUCCAGCUCGCAUGGGAG